CGCAGUUUCUGCUCGAAUCCGAUUGGUCCGUUUCAAACUGAGACCGCGGGUGUGUUUUUGUGUUUAACGUUAGUUAGCUAUCACACAAAAGCAAAUAAUUCUGUCUCAGUAUCUAAUGUCCCAAACAUAACUGCCAGGAUGAUGGAAUCAUUCCUGAACCACGAGGCUGACGAACGGGAACAGGUAGAGGUCGGCGACUUGAAGAGGGAUCUCUCAUCAGAGUUCAGCACCCUAGCAGACCCACAGCAUUCCAGCAUGGAAGAGAAAGAACACCUUCAGGUCUACCUCCGCAUCCGACCCUUCAGCUCAGCAGAGAGCGACAGCGGAGAGUCACAGGACUGUGUUACCAUAGAGUCCCCAGACACAGUUUUGCUGAAGCCUCCACGUUUGUCCCUCUCAGCGAGGCUUAGCUCCGACAAAUCCCUUCCACAGACUGGACAGCGCUUCCAGUUCUCUCAGGUGUAUGGUCCUGAAACAACACAGAGAGAGCUCUUUCAGGGCACCGUAAAGGAUCUUGUGAAAGAUGUUCUCGAUGGGGGAAACUCUCUGGUUUUCACUUAUGGAGUCACCAACGCUGGGAAGACCUUCACAUUCUUAGGUCCAGAUGCCGAUGCCGGUAUCCUGCCCAGGUCUCUUGAUGUUAUUUUCAGCAGUAUUGAUGAACAGGUUUUCACUGGGAUGAGCAUCAAACCUCACCGCUGCCAAGAGUUCACAAGGCUCACCAUGAAGCAGCAGGCUGAGGAAGUGGCGUUCAAGAGAAACUUCUUCAGACAACUUAAAGAGAGCGAUAGGAGCAAUGCCAGCGUGAACUCGACCCAUAGGACCCUUCUUGAAGGCUUUUCCAUGUUGGACACAACUGUUGCAGCGGAGGACAAAAUCAGCCUCGGGGUGGGAGCGCACACCAAGUUCUCUGUUUGGGUUUCUUUCUGUGAAAUCUACAAUGAGAACAUUCACGACCUCCUGGAGGUGAUACCCAGCGGGGCCCUGAGGAGGGCCGCACUGCGCCUCUCACAGGACGUCAAGGGCAACGCCUUUGUCAAAGAUUUGCGUUGGGUCCAGGUAAAUAGUGCAGAAGAGGCUUAUAAGGUGAUGAAGCUAGGAAAGAAGAACCAGAGCUUCUCCUCCACCCGACUCAACCAGCUCUCCAGCAGGAGUCACAGUGUAUUCUCCGUUCGCAUAUUGAGGAUCGAAGAUAUUGGGACUCCGAGGGUCCAUUCAGUCAGCGAGUUGUGUCUGUGUGACCUGGCUGGCUCAGAGAGAUGCGCCAAGACCCAGAAUAUAGGAGAGCGCCUGAAAGAGGCCGGAAACAUCAACACCUCACUGCUCAUCCUGGGAAAAUGCAUCAACGCUCUACGACACAAUCAGCAGGCCAAGCUGCUUCAUCAUGUCCCCUUCAGGGAAAGCAAGCUAACCCACUACCUGCAGGGCUUCUUCUGCGGACGUGGUAAAGCCUGUAUGAUCGUCAACAUCAACCAGUGUGCCUCCAUGUACGAUGAGACUCUCAACGUCCUCCGGUUCUCUGCUGUGGCACAGAAGGUUGUGGUUCUGUCCACCAGGCCCCCUCCCAUCCUGCCCCAGAGGUCCGCCAGUGAUGUGUCAAUCAAAAACAGUGUUGACAGGAAGGCUCUGCGGGGCAGCAGGAGGAGCUCCCUGAUUGGCUGGGAUAGUAGCCUGGAGGAUGUACAGGAGGAUGAAGAUGACGAGGAUGAGGAAGAAAACAGCCUGAUGGACACAAUGGAUCUGACGUGCAAUGAAGAGGACAGCGAUGUAAGUGAUGAUAAAAUUCUCGCCGGUAAAAAGACGCACCAGAGGCAGGUGGUGCUGUUGAAACAGCUGCAGGUUCAGCUGAAGAAGGAGCGAGCGGAGAGCCUGCUCAUGGAGGCGCGGGUCAGAGAGGAAAUCAGCAGAGAGUUCUCAGAGCUCUUCUCUGAGAUGCAGAAUGACUACAAUGACCGCUUGGCGAGGGAGAGAGAAAUCUUGGAGGAGCGAGCAGAAAGGAGGAUGGAGAUCUUCAAGAACCUCAUUGACAAAAUGGCCAACGCUGGACCAAGUCAAAAUGCACAAGCCAUGGACACAUCUUUGGACUCCUCUGAAUUGGCGGGCAUAAAGAAGGCCGCUGAGGCUGCUCAUAAAUGUCUGGGUUUGGGCCGAGCAGGGGCUCAGGGAGACAGAGGAGACUUUGUGGAGGAGCUGGAGAGAGAGGUGUUGAAACUCCAAGAGCAGAUGGUUCUCAAACCCAAUAGUGAGGCCAGUGGAGUCGAUGCCGAGGAGAAAAGGAGGCUUCUCAUUCAUCUCCAAGAGAAGGCGUCAGAGAUUGCCCGACUGGAGAAACGAGUGGGAGGCCUUCAGAGGGCGGUGGAGCCGGGCUCACAGGGCUGCUCCUUGCUGGUCGAGGAGGGGAGUCCAUGUGAGAGAGAGCGGCUGCAGGAGGCGUUGGUGGCCCUUGAGAAAGAGAAGAGAGGCAAAGAAGACGCCCUUGCUGCUUUGGAGUACCAGACUAUGGGAAGAGAGGAGGCACUCACGUCCUUAGAUGAUGAGAGGAAAGCAAGGGAGGAGGCCCUUGCCACACUCGGAGAGCUAAAGCGAAGCAAAGGGGAAUUGCUAGCAUCCCUUACAGAAGAAAGAGAAAACAAAGAGAAAGCAAUGGCAGCUCUUGAUGCCGAGAGGAGAGCCAAGGAGGAUGCCAUUGCUGCCCAUUUGGAAGAGAAGCAAAGCCGAGAACACAUGGUUGCUGCACUUGGUCUAGAGAGGAGUGGCAAAGAGGACGCUCGGGCUGUUCUGGAGGCGGAGAGGAAGGAGAUGGACCGGCUGGUUGAGGAGACGGUAAAGAGGCAACAGGAGGGUGAUGCACUUCGACGAGAAGUCCAAGAGCUGACUUCUAGACUAGAAACAACAGAGCGCCAGGUGUCCAGCAAGACGGAGAGAGCGGAAAAAGUGUUGGUCCAACUUCAAACUGCUCAUGCACAACUGGGCUAUCACUCCAAGGAACUCCAGGAGAAGACUUCGCAGAUCCACACCCUGACACAGGAGGUUCAAAGCCUGAAACAGCAACUGCUGGCUUCAGCAGCGUCCGACGGUGUCAGUGAGCAGCUGGGAGUGGAAGCUUCGGAGCUUAGGAAGAACCAGGCUGUGGAAGAGGAGAAAAGUGAGAGCCAGCGCUGGCAAAUGCUGGAGCUGGAGCGUGAGCUUGGACAGGCAAAAGAACAGUUGGCAGUCAAGCAGCAGAUCUUCGACCAGCAGUUGGAGCGGUUAACCGAGAGGUGGAAUCAACAAGAAGCAGCUUUAAAAUGGCAAGUAGAAGAGCUGGAAAAGAAGCUUCAGGACGGAGUGACGUCGCAGCUAACGCUGGAUGACCUCCGGUCCAAGCUCGGAUGCCAAGAACGUGCUUCUGAAGAAGCAAAACAGCUGAGAGCAAAACUUGAGGAACAAUCACAGGCCUCGGAAAAGCAGGAACAGGAGCUCAAUGAGAAGCUGCGAGAACAAGAACUGAUGUCACAACAGCAGCUGGAGGAUUUAAAACACAAACUGAGUGAACAAAAAGAUGCUUUAGAUGAUCUAAAACAAAAGCUCAGUGCGCGGGAGCAAACUGCACAGCUGCUCAAAAGCAAUGUAGAAGAUGCUAACUUUAAAGGUUCAGACAAUUCCUCUAGGUCUUGUGCUGAAGAGGAUCUCAAGAGGUUGAACUGUGAUCUCCAAACUGAGAUUGCAUUCCUGAAGUCAACGGUUUCCAACAUGGUAGAAACUGCCAGUAAAGCAGAAGCUCAGCAAGCUCCUUCAGAGAUGGAGACAAUGCAAAAAGAAGAGGUGGAAGAGAAGCUAGCAGAGGAGACGAAAGCAUCUGCAGAGAGAUCCGCGGAGCUGCAGAGAAAGCUGCUGGAGAAGGAGGCCCAGGUGACAUCCCUGCAGAAGAGCCUGCAGAAGGCGCUGGAGCAGCGGGAGGAGGAGGAGAGCCAGGCGGUCCAGGAGGCCCGGCGCAGGGAGGUGGAAAGGCGCCGGGAGCUGCUGUCUGUGGCGCAUGAGGCCAUCGCUCAGAAGGACUCAGAGCUGGAGAAGAAAGCCGAGGAGAUAAACAGACUAAAAGAGAAUGCUAUGCGGGACUUGGACACUGUCAAGAGCCUCAGGCUCGACCUUCAGAGAAAAGAAGACGACACUUCGGACCUCAGAGAGAAACUAGCCGACUAUAAGAAGCAGAUCCAGCAGGUCCAGAAAGAGAUCUCAGCCAUGAGGGAAGAAGAACUGGCUUUGAGACAGAAGCUGGCUGACGCGGAGAAAGUCAAGAAGCAGCUUCAGUCCGACGUUGCCAACAGAGACAGAGCUAUUAAGCAACUCAAAGUGGAACAAUCGUCUGACGCCAAGUCUGACCAGACGCGCUACCAGAACGCCUGUACAGACCUUGAAGCCAAAGAGCGUGUGAUAGAGGCCAUGCGUUUGGCUCUGACAGAGCAGGAGGAGACGCAGGACCAGAUGGAGCAGGUCUUGGGGGAGAAAUUUAACGUCAUCCAGGAGCUCUCCAGCGAAUUGGAGAAAUUGAAAGGGAUGUUGUUGAAGCAGGACCGACGUGGAAAGGACACCCACUCCUUCGUCGACAGCCCAUCGGAUGACCUCAAACUGGCCAAACAGGAAACUGCCCAGACUCAGGAAAGCUUGAAGCUGUGUGCAGAGAAACACCAGGCCGAACGCAAAAAGUGGCUGGAGGAGAAGCUGUCACUGAUUGGCCAAGCUAAAGAGGCGGAGGACAAGAGGAACCAGGAAAUGAGGAAGUUUGCUGAAGACAGAGAGCGCUACACUCGUCAGCAGAGCCAGCUGGAGUCCUUGUCAUCCCAGCUGGCUGAAAAGGAGCAGAUCAUGGAGAAGUGGAGGACGGAGAGAGACACUCUGGUAGCGGCUUUGGAGGUACAGCUACAGAAGCUUCUCUCGAGCCAAGCAGACAAAGACAAACUCAUCCAGCAGCUUCGCCAAAGUACCUCACAGCCACCACAGGAGAGUGGUGAUGGUGGUGUCGGCGUGGCAGAGCUGCGGGCCGCUCUGUCUGAAAGAGAGGCAGAAGUCCUACGACUGAAGGAAGAGCUCAAGGCCACAACAGCCCAACAGGGGGUCACAAUCACACAGACUAAAGGCAAUGUGAGCCCUGUUCCAUUGGUUGGGAAUCCCCAGAGUGAAACCAUUAACAGGAAGUCAGGAGGAAGGAGGGAUACCAGAGCGUCAGUCAGCAGCCAGAGCUCAGCUGGCUAUCCUUCAGUGCUAGAAUCCUCUGAGAUUUCCACAGAGAACGGCAGGACGAGCCGCUUCCCCCGUCCGGAGCUGGAGAUCUCCUUCAGCCCUCUGCAGCCGAACCGCAUGGCUCUGCGACGCCAGGGAGAGGAAAACGCCGUCACUGUCAAAAUCCCCCGCCCAGCACGCAAAAGGAAGAGCGGAGAGAUGGAGAAGUCUCACAUUUUCAGAAGGAGUAAACGACGACCAACACACAAGGAGGAGUUGGAGGCUGAGAACAGAAGGAACACGCGGACCAAACUGAUGCCAAAGCUGACCCCACACAAAGAGGAGAUCUCCUCUCCAUCGAGCCGCAGUGACUCCCAGAGCAGCAUCCGCACCAGGAAGGAAGGAACUCUGCAGAAGAUCGGAGACUUCCUGCAAAGCUCCCCCACGCUGUUUGGCUCUAAAGCCAAGAAGAUGAUGAGUCUGGUGAGCGGCCGGGGCGAUGCAGACUCUUCAGCCCCCUCCGCCUCCUCUUCAUCCCUCACUCUGAGAGCCAAGAAGAACAAAAAGAAGCUCUACCGGCCUGAGAUCUCCUCCCCCAUGGACAUGCCCUCACACCCAAUGAUCAGCAGAGAGCCAGAGGAGAGAGAGAGUGACCAUUCGAUCAUUAAGAGGCGCCUUCGCUCCAGACUGGUGAAAUAGUGAACCUACUUACGUUAACACUAUUUUCACAAGAUGAAGGAUAAUUUAGCUGCCCAACACCAUUUUUUUUCUUCUAUUUCAUAGUGGCUGGAAAGUCUUAAAACAUGCCUUCUAAGUUAUCUUAUUUAAUCUAAAAAUCUGUAGUUGAAUUCUGUUUUCCGAAUAGAGCAAAGUCACAAAUGUACAGCUGACUGCGUGGCGAAGUGGCAGUUCUAGAAAUGGGUCAACAUUUUGGAUAAGU